AUGCCCCACGACGAUGCUCUGAUCAUCACAAUAGAACUCGCCGGCGCGGUUUUCUCAAAAGUUCUCAUUGAUUCCGGGUGCGUAGCCAAUCUGCUAUCGCAUGAUACCCUCGAGAGAAUCAAUCGACCUGAUUUAGCGAUCAAUAAAUACGCUCCCCCUCUCUACAGCGUUGGAGGUGGAAGCAGGGUGCCCCUAUUAAGAAACAUAGCGAUCGUCGUUAAGACAUACGACCUCGAGCAAGAAACAGAGUUUUCUGUGAUGCACGACCUCUCACCGUUCGACGCCGUCUUAGGACGACCGUGGCUCCAACAAAUGAAAGCGGUCCCCUCGAUUUAUCACCAAUGCGUAAAGUUCAUAUCUGUUAGGCACUAA